UUCGGCUCUCACCCGAAAGAGCCGGGUUCAAGUCCCGGCAACGGAAAUUAUUUUUUUUCCUUUAUACAAAUUAUUGGGAAUUUGGGCGGGAAUUCUCAAUUAGGUUUUGAUUUCUUUACUAUCUUUUCCCUUAUUUCACCGCCAAAUAUAAAUCAAAUCGCGUCUAAUCUUGCUGCUUCGACAAUCGACGGUGAGAGGCAGAGGGAGAAAAAUAGAAAAGAACUAGGGUUUGGAAAUCUGAAAGAAACAGAAAAUUAAGAAGAAAAAGAAAUGGAGAAGAGAAAAAUCAGCAAUAAUUGCAGCAACGCAAGAGGAAGAAUCAACAGAGGAGGCAUGGAAGCCAACAUUUUAGCAAUCCUCGACUCUGCUGAAUCUCACAAAGAUUCUCAAGACGCCAAAGAUGACCGUAUUGAUUUUCUGGAAGCCGUGCGUACUGCUUCAUUUGUACCAGAAAACGGAACUCCUCCUACUGAAAAAAUGGUUGAGGCAGUGUUUCAAAUCCUGAGGGAAGGCAAAUCUCUAGAACUUAUAAUGUCUAGUUAUGAGCUUUUGAAUGAGAUCGAGAAGAGUUUUCCUCGGGUUUAUAUAUCUGAAUCGUCUGGUAAUGGUUCGCGUGAUCUGAUUGUGAUUAAUGAGGCAUGGUCGCCAUUGAUGGUUUCUUUGGAUGUCAUGUCUAGUGAGAGAGAAGCCACUCAAAAAAACUUCUGUGGAUUGUUUGAUCCCAAUGGUUUUCAUGAAUUAGUACAAGGUCUUGCUGAAUUAGCUAAUGAAACAAUUUCUAAGGGACUGGAUACUAAGUCCUUAGGAAAUAUGUUACUGUUUCAAUAUCUUGUCAAUGUUCUUGAAGGAGAUUUUGUGCCCCGUAUCAAUGUGUAUAAAGAAAGCAUGAAGUGGAGCUUUUUGAAGGAGUGCUUACUCAACAUGCUUCUGGGUUCAAGAAGAAUCAACUACAAGGUUUUAAUGAAAGAUUGCUUGUCUACAAUCUGUGGACUGUGCCAAGAUUAUGCUGGAAUCGAUGAGUCUGGCUGUUCUGAGACUUCUAUGGAAAAAUCAUCUGAGAAUCAUAAUAAUGAUGUCACAAUUGCUUUACUUGAAGUACAAAAGACUACUUGUAUGGCUAUGCAGAAACUUUUGAUAAUGAUUAUGGAGCUUGAUAUCUCAAAGAAGCAAGCAGACAUGAAAGGUCAAACUACCAGAGCUGAUGGUGUGAGAACCCCUCUGGUAGAGAUAAUCUUGGAUGAGCUAACUUAUGACAGAGAUAUACUUUCCCCGUUUCUUCAGGUCUUUAAUGACCCUAAAUGGAAGCUUGAACUCAUUGUGCAGUACUUUCUUAAAUACACUGCUAAGCCUUCUGUUCGUACUCGUAGAUCAAAUAGUCAUUCUGAAGAUUCUACGUUUGUUGGAGUUUUGAAGUCCUUUUCAAAUAGUAGCAGCACAAAAAACAUUAUAAAGAAAAUUGAUGUAGAAGUUGUUCAAUUGCUUUUGGCUCAUGCUUUUCAAGCCUACUUGUCCAUGUCAUCUCAGCAACAUCUUCCUGGCUUGUCUAAUUGCAAGGAAGCGGAAAUAGACAGCUCUCUCAUGGAAAUAUCUAAGAAUGUUAUUGCAGCUUUCAAUAGUCUAAGAGGAGCAGAUAAGAGCAUUGAGAUUUCAUCCCUUGGAAAAGAGGCACUAUUUACAGCUGCAAUGAUCAUUCAAACAACUUCAUAGGAGGUCAAGAAGAGAUGCAGAUGACUUCUGGUUUUCAAAGGGUCGCAUAUUGAAGGUUUCGGUGUUUCUUCAAUGGUACAAGAGUUUUCCGCUUAUUUUUGGUUCGUAUUAUGGAGGCGAAGGAGGGGAAACGGAAAGUGAGUACAAGGAUUUUGCGGCCUUUUCUUAAAGUCCACCUUUUUCGGCCAAUUCUUAAAGUCCACUUGAGACAGCUAUAUGCAUACAAUUAAUUAAUUAUAGUUUAGUGAACUCCGAAUUUGAAUGUACUUCUUUGUUUUCUAUUUCAUGUGCAAAUGUUAUAU